AUGGAACCCCCAAGCACUAAGCAAACAAUCUCUCAUGUCACCACAAUCAUGGACCUUUCAAGUGAGAUUAUGUUAGAAAUUCUUUCGAGAUUACCAAUCAAGUCCAUUUUUUGUUGUAAGACGGUUUGUAAACUGUGGUAUAAUCUUUUAACUUCCGACCCAUUAUUUCCUAGCAAGUAUCGCGAAGGAACAUCAUCUAAUUUUCCUAGCCUUUUGCUUUCGAUUGAUAACUAUGUCCAGUUUCUUGUUGAACUCAAAUUACCAGAUGAGCGUUACCCCCUAAAGAUCAGCACCACUGUGUUGAGCCCUAAGUUUCAUCUCCCUUCACCGAACAUGAGAUUAAUUGGUUCGUGUAAUGGGUUCGUUUGUUUGUUGAAAGGUUGGGUAUAUGAGUUAGACCAUUCGGUUUACAUUAGCAAUCCUCUUUUGGGUGAGUAUUUCGAGGUUGAAUUUCCUAAACAAGAGAGUAGAAUUUGUUUUGCUUAUGCAUUCUGCUUUAGUGAAGCCUCUAGACAGUAUAAAGUAUUGAGAUCAGCAGUUAGACAAUCAAAAGUAUCGGAAUUGGAGGUUUAUACUCUUGGAGUUGAUAAAAAAUGGAGGUAUGUGGGCGAGGCUCCAAAACCUCUAUCUGUAUCAUUUAGUGAGGUUAACGUCAAUGGUGUUGUUCAUUGGAUGAAUUGGGAAAAAAAUGAUACCAUUUACUCCUUUAGCAAUGGGACAGAAGAGGUGAAGUCCAUGUUAGCUCCGCGUGGUCUGAAAUCUCCAUGCUACAACUUUACGCUAGUAGAGUUGGGGAAUUGUCUAUGUUUGUGUAAUAUCGACCCUAUUGAGUAUGUUGAUAUAUGGUGGAUGAAAGAGUAUGGAAUAACUGAAUCUUGGACUAAAACUCGCAUUUUGAAGGAUACUAUUCAACCAAAUAUACGUUAUGAUAGAUUUAUACCAAUCUCAACUUGGAAAGAUGGAGAAAUAUUAAUGCAAAGGCAUUGUCGGACACAAGUCGUUUCUUACAACCCAAAAGAAAAGAAGUUUACCAAGGUUAAAGUGUACCUUGGACUUAAAUCGAAUAGCUACAUCCCAAGUUUUUACUCACUCAAGACUGUCGUUGGAGAAAAUUGUCAAGUCUCAUACACUUAUCCGAAGAUUGACAUAGUUUAA